UCCUGCCAGGACAGUGGCAGCCACAGAAAAGGCUGAAAAUAACCGCUGAGAGGAGCAGAAUUCCUCCAACUGAGUGAUGUUGAGGAAAAAGGACCGAGUUGCUCGUGAAUAAAACAGCAGGACCCAUGACCCUGACACGAGGAUCCUUCACCUACUCAAAUGGCGAGGAGUACCACGGCGAAUGGAAAGAAGGUCUGCGUCAUGGCCUGGGUCAGCUGAACUUCAGCGAUGGGACGUGCUACACCGGACAGUUUGAGAACGGUCUCUUCAAUUGCUGUGGGAUGCUGGUCUUCCCUGAUGGUUCCAGGUAUGAAGGUGACUUUGUGCAGGGGAAGUUCCAUGGUGCUGGAGUCUUCACUCGCUUUGAUGGGAUGAAGUUUGAAGGCGAGUUUAAAAGCGGUUGUGUGGAUGGCUACGGAGUGCUCACGUUUACGGACAGCGGCCCCGGUGCUGGAGGCAGCAGCCAUGAGGGCCUGUUUGAGACCAACCAGCUGAUAAAGACAGAGAACAGCCAGGAAGCCGUGCAAAGGGCACAGGCGGCCGCCGCCAAAGCCCGAGCUCUGGCCAUGUGACCCAGAUGACAUGACCCUCAGUGCCCCGCUGAUCCACCUCCCAUCGCUCUGCUGUUGGAUUGAACAACAGUCAAAAAACAAUUCUUAUCUUUCAUUUAUAAUCUAUUUUGUUCUUCAGCUUUUUUCUUUUUGUAUUAUUUCUUAAACCGAUUAGGUAAAUUGGACACUCUAAAUUGGCUGUAUAGGUGUGAGUGUGAUGAAUGACUGAAUGAAUGGUUGUUUGUCUCUAUGUGGGUUUGGACUGGCGACCUGUGCAGGGUGUACCCCGCCUUUCACCCUAUGUCAGCUGUGAUUGGCUGAAUGAGUGUGUGAGUAUUAUUUCUUAAACCUAAAAAAAAAAAGCUGCAGUAUAUGAUCUUGUAGAAAACAACAUCUCCAGCAUAUUUGUGUUGUAUACAUAUCUUCUCUGCCUUUGAUUAGAAAGCCACUGAUUCAGGAUCAAUUCAGCCAAACACAGAUUUACUGUUCAGUCAAAACACUGGUGCUAAAUCUGUUUCAGGGUCAGCUCACCUUACAACUGUGGAUUCAAUUUUCUAGUGAACACUGAUGUGGUGAUUUUCAUGUCAGAGAAUGCCAGAACAUCUGAGUUUAAACUGGGCUAAAUUUAUUCAAAUUACAUGUUUACUUUUGUUCAUGCAAAAAGAAAAUCUUCACCUGAAUGACAUAUCGUAUAUAAACAUGUAAAUCAGAUUCUUCCUUUGUCUUACAGCUGUGAAAAUCCAGCAAAUUACUUGGCCUGUUAUGCUAGAUGUGAAACACACAUAGGUCACCACAAUAUAGUGUAUUGCAGUGCCUUUAAAUGGCAAUCAUGAGAAGUUUUGGAAAUGACAUGCUUGCUAUUCAAAUGGUCACCUCCGUGUUCACCACACUCCCGAGAGAAGUCGGAAAAACCACGGAAGCAAACGUAUCCUGGGACUAUAAGCGAUAAUAUAAAGCGUAUAAGCAAUCCUAUGUCAGGGUUUGUGAGGUUGCUCUGAGUUUCUGAGUUGGAAAUCCGAGUUCAGGGAGCUUAGAAAUUCCCAGGUCUGACUUCAAAUGGAACAAACCAUCAAAGAUUUCAGAAACAUUCCACUCGCGAUGUUGUGAAUACAUUAUGAGGAGAGCGUUCAAAUGGACUCAUCGCAUAAUAAACACAUUCAUUACGCCACUCAAAUGGCGCCAUGAGUGUAGGUAAAUAUCCUGCCUAAUUAUUAAUGAAUGAGGGCCACAUGUUUGGUGUAGUGGUCAGCACUCCUGGGUUCAUGACCCAGUCAGAACGAAGGCUUCUUGCUGCAUGUUCUCCUCGUUUGUGCAUGUGUUUUCUCCGGGUUCUCCAGUUUCCUCCCACAGUUCAAAAACAUGCAGAUUUGGGGAUUAGGCAAAGUGGACACUCUAAAUUAACCGUGAGUGUGAGAGUGGAUGGUUGUUUGUCUCUGUGAUGGACUGGUGACCUGUCCACGGUGUGACCCCACCUUUCGGCCACUGUCAGCUAGGACUGGCAGCAGGAUAAAGUGGUAGUGGAUGAGUGAAUUAUAAGUUGAAGGGUAAAUGAAUCUACAUAUAAUAUUAAAGUAUAAUAAACUACAGUUACUAAAAUAACUUAAUUAAGCCGUGACAUUUGUUGUGGUGCAUUCACACUGGAUGCACAAGUAUGCACAUGUUUGCUCUCACGGGGGAAAUCUCUACACUGAUCAAAAUAUUUCAACUCAAUUCAUGUGGAGCAAUGCAAAUUAGCAUCUAUUUGAGUGUUUGCAUUCACUUUCUUGUUUCAUUACAAUGAACAAUUAUUACACUGCAUGUUUACUUAGUUUUUUUUUUUAUAAAUAUAGUCGUGGAGAACUAUGAUGAAAUGAACAUGCAAAUAAUGAAAGCAUCAACAAACCAAACUUUUGACCUUUAAAUCACCAACUCAGAACUUACUGGCUUUUCCUGCCUUCCUGUUAAAUACACAUGUGUUCACACGUCUGACCUCAUGUUGGUGCUCCAGCACCCACAUAUCAAUUGUUUAUUAUUAGUAGUUAGAGUUUUUUUUUUCCUCACUCAGUGCCGUUACAGCUCAGUCUGAUCCCAAAUCAGCAGGAACAUCCUCCUCAGUGCCGACCACACAGUGCCAACAGGCUGAGGCUGAUCCUGAAUCAGUGGCUCAACAAUCAGAGAAGUAGUGUAGUGGUGAUGGUGGAGGAGAGUGAGUGGGGGGAUAAUCAGCAGAGGGGAAUGGAAGUGCCCUGCAUGCCACAGUAAUGAUUGCAAUUUCUGUUCUGGAGGCAAUUUGGUAAUAAUGUGCAAUUCCUGCCUGACAGUAAGAUUCCCUCUGCAGCAUGAGACGCUGAACUGCUUUUGUCUUUGUCGGUCAAGGGUUUCAUUCCAAAAUAUAUGCAGGUGUUUUGUUUUAAUACUCAUUUGUAAUUUUUUACCAAAUAUGUUAUAAUUAUUAUUAUUAUUAUUAUUAUUAUUAUUAUUAUUAUUAAUAAUAAUAACAAUAAUAAUAAUAAUAAUAAUAACAAUGAUAAAUAUAUAGAGCACUCUUCAAAGGUGCUGAUCAAAACAAUAUUCACAAAAAUCAUUAGAAUUCAAAGACCACAAUAAUCAUUUUGAGAAAAUAAUUAAAAGGUGUGAAAAAGUCAUUUUAUCAUUAUUUUGAUUCCAUUCCAAUUGGAAGAAAAACAUUUUUUAAUAACAUUUUAAUGAAUGUCCUAACAGAAAAAAAAAACAUCAAAUUUAAAAUAAAUAAAUAAAGUCCAAAUAAAAUUCAUUAAUAAAUAAGGAUUAAUGAUGAUAGUGAGUCGCGUUGUUUUUGAGAGGAAACUCUUCCGUCGCUUUGCAGCUGUUCGUCUGCACUUUGUUUUUCCCGGAUUUCGUCAUCAGUGUUAAAUGUUUGUGUAUAAAUCACAAAAGAAAAAAGAAAAAAGAAAACACACAAACCUAAGGAAUAAGAAAAAAGAAGUGAAAGCAUCACUGUUGUGAACUUAACAAAGCUCUAUCUAACACAUAGUUCACGCGUGUGUGUGCCUGCUGGGAAUCAGUGUCUGUCUGCGUGAAAUGAGACUGUGUGUGUGUGUGUGGUCGUGCUGUGGGGGUGUCAGGCAUUAAACGGGAAAUAGAGUUAAUUGUCAGUUAUGUGAUUAUCUCAGAGUAAGAUUAAUUUGGGAUGUGGUUCGGGGGCUGACGUCGCCCUCACUGAACAGUUUGGCAGUGACAUCUGCAGUAAAUGUGACAGACUGAUGAAGGCAUCUCACACCUUUUAAUUGGCUCUGGGAUCCAAACAGUGACACUGUUAAAUGCAGUUAACUGUUGCCUUGAGGUGAGGUGGUGUUAUAUUUGACUUAUACAUAUGUAUGUAUAUGUAUAUAUAUAUGUAUACAUAUAUGUAUAUAUCUAUUUAUAUAUAUAUGUAUACAUAUAUCUUUUUAUUACAAAGUGUGCUUCACUGAUGGUAUGGUGUUUUUUUUUAUGAUGGAACAACCUCAUGUUCUUUCACAGGAGUCUGAUCGCUGAAACCCUUUAAGAUGCACCUUAAAAUCUCAACUUGAAAAGUUGCCAUUUGAUAUUAAUGUGUAGUUUUCACCCGUGAUGACUUAUUUCAUGUUUCACUGUGAACAGUCUCCACAAUGAAGGAGUCGGAAUCCACCUAGAAACAGAAUUCACACGUACAUUUUGUCGCAAAUAGUCAAACUUCAGCCUUGUGUAAAGCUGCUGUCAGUGAUUUACAAUAGUGUUAAUAAUCUAACUACUAUCUUACUCAGUGACAUGGGUCUGACUGUUAAGCCCAUUUUCCACCUAUAGUCUCAGCUCGACUCGCCUGGACUCACUUGUUUUGUUUCCAUUGCAAUAUAGUUCCUCCUCAACGUGGGCGGAGUCAUCACUGCACGGCUCCAUGAAACUGCUGUGACUUUUUUUUACACACACACACAAACGAGUGACUAGUGACUUUGUGCUGUCGCUAAAUACACCAGACUUACAUUUUUUCAUUUUACACAUGUCCCUGGUAAUUGUAGGAGAUUAACCCACGUUUUUUAAGAUUGUUAAGUCUUUUUUACUGAUCUACAGUUCGGCAUUGUUUGGCUCGAUUCUUGUUUUGGAGGUCACGCUCAUGCCUCUUCCUGUGACGGCACUCUGACCACGUCACGCCUAUAGCGUCAGCUCAGCUCACUUGGAACCUCGCCAGAGCAGGUACUAAAAUAAGUACCUGGUACCAGGUACUAUCACAAAUGGAAACACAAAAUAACCGUGCUGAGGCGAGGCGAGUAGCACUAGUGGAAACAUGCCAUUAGACCACACCUGUUUGUCUAAAAUCUGUCAUGUGACCAAACUCUAUACAAAAGCAAUGUAAUGGACACACCACGGCGUGAAUGGUACAUUUGAUCUGAGCAUAGAAGUAGGCUGUAAGGAGGAGAAGGGAGGGGAAAUACUAUAAAAAAAACUAAAUCAGGUGUGAAUUCUGUCUUCCAAGUGAAUUCAGACUAUAAGAGGAGACUAAAUGCCUUUUCAGUGUUUAAAAAAACAAAAAGAAAACAUGUACAUUUUAAAGUUUGACUUUUAUCUCGGCUUCAUGACUGUUUAAUGUCCACCUGUUGAUGUGUUGUUGUUGUUGUUGUUUUUCUAUUGUAGAAUGUACGUUUUUUUGGUUUUUUUUUCUCUUUGCAUGUCAGAACCUGAGUCUGUGCCAAUGGAAACUGUAAUUGUGUUACUUACUUCAAACAAACACACACACACACAAACAUUACUUUGAUUAGUUACACAAUGCUCACCCUCUCUCUCUCACACACACACACACACACACACAGGUACGGCAGAAACCAAACCCAUUACAAUAAUCACCACUGUUAUAAAAAAACAUGAGAGCAGCAUUGUGAAGCUCUGUACCUGUUGGUACAGACGGAGUUAAACGAGUGCCUGAACAACAACCUCCUUCUACUGUGCUUUGAAUACUUUAAAUAUACUGUGUGACUGUUUUAUCGUUUCUCAAGUGUCACUGUUGUUUUUGUGUCUAAAGUAAGAAAAAGAAGAAGAAUGGCAGUGUGAUACUGCAGACAACCUCCAGGGCGUGAUCCACAUGUCUCUGCCUUCACUUUAGGGAGCUAGCAUGUUAUUUAGUUACGAUGGAUAAACUGUGUCCUAAUCCAAAGGCUCCUUCAAACAUGGAUUAUCCAAAAAGUGGGAUUGUGACUGGCCUAACCUAACCUCAGCAACAGCUUGAUUAAGAAAUAAAAAAAAAGGAGGCAUCAAAUGACUAAAAUAUUACAGGAACACAAAGUAUUAUAGUGCCAAAGAUGACUGACCUCCUUCAGACUCUUAUUAACACUCAUUAUCACAUACAAGACCUCGCUGAUCCGGCUCAUGUUGAUUUAUUUGUAGCCACUGACACAAUGUGAUCAUAAAAUCAUAAAUCACAAGUAAUGCUUUAAGUCAACUGAUCUUCUCUUUUCUAUUUUUUUUUGGUUUGAUGCAUUUUUGUUAAAAAAAAAAAGUGAGAUAAAAAUAUGAGCUGUUAGUGGUCAAUGCAGUGCGGCUCCGUUGCUAGCAGGAAGUGGGAAUGUGAAAGGGAAGUCCUCUGGGGACCAGACAUAGUCCAUAGACCAGUCUUAUUUAUAAGUCACGUAGACCACAUCCUCUUAAGAAGGCAGCCCCUGGGUUGGGACACAGUUUGUAGUCUUGACCAGUGAGUAUCACACUCAUGUGAGUUUUCAGACACUGUCUUCUCUCUGCUGUGGGUUCAGCUUCAGACAGACAAAUGUGUUCCGCAAAGACAAUGCAGGCAAAAACAGUGUUUUUCAGAAGUAGAUUUCUUUGAUACUAGUGGAGAGAAAACAUGAUCUCCACUGCCUUUAUCACCACGGCACCUUUGGUUGAUUGCAAUGUUGCCAUGUGUUGAAAAGCCGAACAGCAGAACAACACUUUAUACAAAUAUGACAGGGACAUCAUCACUAACUAGGGUUACUUAAACUACUCAUCUUCCAAUUUUCCUCUGGAGCGCUGUGACCCAUUUACUAGAUUUGCCUUUAGGAAUAAAACAUAAAAAGAUCUUAUAUCACAAACUAGCAGGAUGUUUAGAGCGCACAUGCAUGGUUAAUGCCUUAUCGCACCAUUUUAAAGAAAGUAAAAAAUAAAUCUGUAUAUACAUAUUUGUCCAGAUCAGCACCAAUGUUUUAAUAGUCUCUUCCUUAUAUAAAUGAAAUGGUAAAGAAUAAGUAGGACAUGUUGAGGCUCAAUGCACCUGCCACUGCCCAGAUACUGCACUUGUGGUUGUUCAGAGGGCAGCACAGGGUGGAGAGCGUCUGACGGCAACGAUGUUGUGAUGACGGAACCUGAGGCCAGAUUCAGCCUUUCUGUGUCCACAAAGGACAGCAGUGUCUGCGUAUGUCUGCGCUGAUCGGCACUGUCGCAAACAUUCACCAACUGUGCAUACUCCACGCAGUUACAGCACGUUUAAGUCCACUUGGUGAUGCAGUCUUGUUUUGUUUGAAGUAGAUAAAGAACAAUAAAGAAAACAAUGAUCACACUUGGAGAAGCUAGCACUCAAAGAAUACAAGGACAGAGAAAUGGGAGCCAACUCCUGGUGAGAAACUGCUAUUAGAGAGAAACGUGACAUCACAGUACGCAUGCGUGGAACACUACACCGUUCACCAUCACCACUGGAUUGUACAAUCGUAUGAAUCAACAUGUUGUUUCAUACAAACUUUCUUCCUCACACCUUUUGUGGUAUAAUAGUUUUUGGGUUAGGUUAGUCUGAGCUAGACUGUGACAGUAAAUACCUGGUGUCAAACAUCCAAAGCAAUGGAAAGCGGACAGAGGAGGUGAAGAGGAGAGAACAGGCAGCGUGGAGUGGGUGGCGACGAGUGUCAGGGCUGAUGUGUGACAGAAGGAGAGCAGCAAAAGUGAAAGUGAAGGUGUACAAAACCCUGGUGAGACCUGCUAUGAUGCAUGGCCUGGAGUCAGUGGAACUGUGUAAAAGACAGGAGGCGCUGGAGCUGAAGAUGCUGAGAUUUUGGUUGGGAGAGACCAGGAUGGACAGGAUUAGAAAUGAGCAUAUAAUCCAGGGACAGCUCGGUUUGGAGAAAAAGUAAGAAAGUGAAGGCUGAGAUGGUUUGGUCACGUGCAGAGGAGGGAUAGUGAUUAUAUUGGACAAAGGAUGUUGAAGAUUUUUUUUAUGAAAUCCUCCAGUUCACAUCUGCAUCACACCUUUAAACACUGGAAAACACCGAACUCUUCCUCACAAAUGCAAAGUCUUUUCCAAUAAAAAAAGUUUCUCCAUUGUUGAACUGUUGGCAGCCAAAGGAAAAAAACAAAUAAAUACAAGGAGAACAAAAGGAAAGCUCCAUGUAUUCCUAUAUGCGUUUAAUACACUGAGCAUAAAAGAGCCUUAACAUUUAAAUCACAACACCUUCAAACACCGGAAAACACCGAAGUCGAGGUCUGCUGUUGAAAAUUGAAAAAAAAUUGAAAAAAAGUGUUACUUUGUAGCUGUUUCUUAUGAAUGUGUUGCAAAAUGAUGUCAUAAAGGCUGUAUUUGUAAUAUUAAAUGGUGGUGGGGGUGAAUAAAUGACAAACAUGAAAAACUAAA